AUGUCGAAAGCAUCCCAGCCAGAGCUCAAAAAGUUCAUGGACAAGAGGCUCUUCGUCCACCUCCAGGGCGGCCGCAAGGUCAGCGGCACCCUGCGCGGCUACGAUCUUUUCCUCAACCUCGUCAUCGACGACGCGUUCGAGGAGACCACCCCCGCACAAAAGCACCCCAUCGGCACCGUCGUCAUCCGCGGCAACAGCGUCACAUCGAUGGAGACGCUCGAGGCCAUCCGAUAG